AUGCUCAAGACGCUGAUGCCCAGCAGCACCAGUCCGCUGAACCCACUCGAUCAUCAUUCCAUUCCGACCACUAAUAUAACCACUGCCAUCCAUCCAACCCAUUCACUACUCAACACUGCAUCAACUUCAUCCACACCUGGAAUCAACUCUGUCGUACUUCCUCCUUCAGUGCUGGCCACUUCAAUGUCUGCAUCUUCAACUCUUCCCACGUCUUCUAUUGUUUCGUCCUUGAUGGUCGACCAUCAGCUCGAAUGCGCCAUGUAUUCUCCUGCUGUUGCUGCAAUGGCUUCUCCUUCGCCCAAAUACUCGGUCGUCAAUCCGCCUCAUCUACUGUCACAUAAUAAUGAAAUAACUACUUCCAUCCCAACAAGCCUCGCGACAUCACAGAGUCUAGUCGACUCCGAUGACGACUAUGCUUCAUCAAGAUCCUACGUUUCUAGAUCCUCUUCUGCAUCCAAUUCAUACCGAGCUAACCCGAGGGUACGACGAGCACGAUCGUACGAUUCUCGAGGUGGUCCGUUUAUGACUGAUGAUGAAGAGGUGGAUAUGAUUGCUCCAUUGGCACCUUCUGUCAUUUCAGGUCAGGUCUUUGGUGUGGUUUCCGAGUCUGUGCUCCCUGGUGGAUCACAUGCUAUUGACCCUGCAUUGAUACCUACUUCUGCUGCAUUCAGUCGCAACAACAGUUAUCAAGGAUUCGCUAUAGAUCCAGAAGCACGGAGUUUUUAUCUCGAUAAUUUAUGGGAAAGUCAUCGUCAUGUAUUUUCUAGUCAUGGUCGAUCCCAACACCGACCAUUGACCGAUCUUCAGCACCGGAAUAGAAAUAUUACGGAUUAUACUGGCGUAAAUCAUCCUUGCACUGUUGGCACAGAUGUCGAGUCUUCUACUGCAUCUAGCAUUCCCAACCCUCAAUUUGUUACAUUUCCUUCACUUCCUGCUCGUCGUCAUUCAAUAUCUUCGUCACAUUCGUCUAGAAGUGUUGUAGAUUAUCCCUUCAACUAUCAUCACAGACUUAAUCCCGCUACUGGAAAUAGAGCUGGAUAUCAACGCUUAAGCUUGGAGGUUUCCCAUGAUUCAUUGCGUGGCGAAAUUGAUGAAAGCGAUGUAGAAUUUUCUCCCCUUCGACAGCAACCACCACCACGACUACAACCUCAAAAGGGUAUUUUGCAGGCCUUGAUAUCUCUUUUCAAUGGUAUACCGAAACAUGUACAGUCUAAUGCUAUCCAGAAUUUAGAAGAACGCUCCAAAACAACUUACUCUGCUUACACUCCUCUUUCAAGGAGAUACAGUAGUGACUCGUUGCCAGAAUCAAUUGAUUCGCAGGUGACUCCUCGUCCAUCUCGCCGUCAGAAUCGUUCAUCUCAUCAACCUGAUAGUAUAUCCCAGCCCGGCGGACAUUCUGGUAUAUUUCCCUUUCGCCACGAUACAAAUUUCACAAAGGAUAAUUUGAUCGAGGAUGGCAGCGAUAGUCAGGGUUCUAGUGGUUUACGGAAUAGAUCCGUUUUAACCUGGCAACAAAACAAUCAGUAUCGUGGGAGAACAGUGAGUACCUCUUACGAUGAUCGGCCAGCAUCAAGUAAUAUGAGUGGGGUUAGCGGCUAUAGUCCUACCAGAUCUGUACGAAGCGAUAAUGGAUUCCGCAGUCAUACAAUGCUGCGAUUGCCCUCUCCACCUCGACGUGCAGUUCCUCUCACUUCAUCCAAUCCUCAUAUACCAGAAGUUGUGAUUGACGAGUCUGGUCUAUCCUCGUUUCCUAAUUAUGAUACUGUCAGCCAUCGAGCUCCACAGACAGAGUUUAUGUACUCUGGGUCAGCUUCUCGACACGUAGUCGCAUCUAAUUCUGGAAUAGCUUCUAAUAACUGUGGAGUGGGGGGUUCUAGCGGAGAAAAUACAGGAGAAUGCAUGGGCAGUAAUCACAGUCCUCACCGUCAAGGUAAAGGACAUAGUCGUAGUUACACAUCUCCGCAGAUUCAUAUUGAUCGACCCAACUACAUGCGCAAUCACGAUUUUGAGCGUCAAGUGCCAUUGGUCUACUACCGUCUGGGCAUCUGUGUCACUGUGAGCGAUCCCUUAAUCCCCACUACCCUUAAUAGCCUUGAGCGUUUCUUCACCAAGUAUACAGUAUAUCCUGUCACUGUGCGUCUUCUUAAACCUCGCGUUGUUGGGUUUAUCAACGUUCGUCCAGUCGCCUAUACUCUUUAUAAACGCUACAAGGACUUUCGCAUAUUGUACACACUAUUAGCUCGAGAAUUUCGACAAGAGUUCAAAUCUCUUCCCGAGUUUCCUAAAAAACUAUUUUUUGACCGAUACAACCCUCUGGUCGUGUCACACAGACUGAGGGUUUUUAACGAGUUGCUGACGUUUGUUACACUGCAUCCAGUAUAUUCAAAAACACCGGCUGUUAUAAAAUUUUUGGAUCCACUUUGCGUGGAUUGAUUUUAUUCAUACUUGAUGUGCAUAGGCUUUGCUAUUAAGAAUUCUAUUUUGUUGAAAUUUGAAUAAAACCAUCGUUGUUUAUAAAUCCA